AUGGAAACUAUCAAGAGGAGGCGAGGCAGGCCUCAGCUGACGAAGGACUAUGCUGAUCCGUCGCAGAGUCCGCUGGCGCAAUCGUCCAAGCAAGUGCAGAAGCAAGGCAAACGUGCGUUUGCCAAACCGCUCAUGAAGGUUAUCUCCACUCCUUCUCCAAAGAAGAGGAGAAUGAGUACUGAUCUGAACUCCCCGCCCGUGUCUAUCACCAAGAAAGGCAGACACCGCGGUAUAAUCAUAUCCUCUCCCAUGAAGAAGACUGCUGCGAAGAGCUACAAGGAGAAUAGGUACGAGGACGGGUUCUCUUCCGGAAGCAGCACGCCUACAUCGACGCCUACUUCUCACUCGAGUUUCUUCUCGGUAUCGAGAAACACUCUGCAGAGUUCUCCGCCGAUGAUGUUCUCCAGUUCCCCGACUGUGUCCAGCCACAAUAUGAAACAACCUCAACCUAGGAUGUACUACAGUCACUCCACUCAGGAUGAGACAAAGUCACGGAUGGGUCUCAAGUUGGCUUUGACAGUCAACGAAAAGGGUGAAGCUGUCAUCUGCGAAGGAGGUGAAACUUUGAGACCCGCUGUUGGGGAUAUGUCCACCGAUAAAGACAUGGCCUCAACUUCAAUGGACUCGAGCCAAACUGAUCGCUCAGAUAAGGCAUCUGCCACGGAACUUGAAACCACCGCCAGCAAUACUGCUGUGCCUGAUACUUCCCCAAUGUUCAACAAACGGGAAGUAUUGUCGAUGUUGAAGAAGAUGAACUUCAACAGCAACAACGAUAAACCAAACACGGAUACUUUACCUAGAUUAAUAAUAGACGAUGAGAUCACUGGCCCAAGCGCAAAUGUAAUCUGCGAAGACCUAGACGGUCAAGACACAGCCAGCUCUGCUCAUCAACACCAGAAGAGCUCAUCUAACGGGCAGGUCCCCAAAUCUCCUUGUACUCCAGGUACCACUUUCCAAUUCAAAACAGGUUUCACACCUAAAUUUGGCAUUGACUCGAUGCUUGCCGAUGAAUUCUCUUCACCUAAAUUCGCAAAGAGACUGGCGAGCCACGAGAACCAUCUCUCCAUCAACAUUAGUAGCCCAGAACAUAACUUGACUCUAACCCCAAGAACCCGGAAAUCUCUCCGCUCUGUGGAUGGCGUGCCGUUUACGCAAUUCAUGGUCUCAAACUCUCAGACAAGCCAGGAUAAGAGCCUCGGUAGAACUCCAAUAACCAGCGCAGACCCCAACGAACAGCAAUUCGUCUUCAAGUUCUCCAGUGGUGACCCAUUACUACUUACAGAAGACGGCGAUGGAAACUGGCCUGACAUUCUAUACCACCAAUUCUCCACUUCACCUAGAAAGACGAAAGCGUUCAAUACCCCACCAUCGUGGAUCAAUUUUGGAUCACCUGGUCCGCUGUCCCCACUGAGACGCAACUCAAAUACCCUAUUGACCACUAACUUGAUGAAGACUCUGGCUAGUCCAAAUGUGUCAAACGAAAGAGGUGCAAGUUCUUCUCUGAACCCCAGUAUCGAAGUACAUAGUCCAAUAGUUCACGAGAAUUUGUCCAGUGUAAGAACCAGAAAGGACAAUGCGGAUUUCUCUGCUAGCAAGAUGAACAUCCCGUCAAGUCCCAGAAACCUAACCAUAUCAAAUGAACCAGCAACACCAAAAAAUCUGACCGAGACCAUAUCAAAUACUAUAGAAUGCACGCCUUUAAUCCAACACACAAUGGAAGGAUCCUUGAGUACAAAAUACCUAGCGGCUAAUUUUGCCUUUGGCCAGAUAGACCACGUAGUCGCCAUCGAUACAGCCAAACAGACUUCAGUCAUACCUAAGCAAGAUGACGCCAGACUCGCAUUGCAAAAGUUAAUUAAUGAUCACUAA